CGUUUAUCCACGAUUCAUUCCCCGCCGUCCAGACGAGACGAUGAAAGUAAGCAGUGAAUUAUGAUUAGUUAAGAGUGGUAGACCCCAGCGCGCUAAUCCACAGUUUCGGGCCGUGUCCGACUAACGACGUCAUCUCAAUGAUUUGCCUAAGAGUGUACACAAACUCUGCACCCACAUACACACUCCACGACUCAAUUCCAUACAUCACAGAAUCUACCUCUCACAAUGGCUCACAACAUUCUACUCGUCGGCGGACAUGGCAAGGUGUCACAACUUCUGACACCCCUCCUGCUGGCCCGCUCAUGGAACGUUACGAGCAUGAUCCGCACUGCGGAGCAAAAGGACACAAUCGAGAAGCUGGGCAAGGGCCAGCCCGGGAAACUAAGCGUCCUGGUUAGCAGCGCAGCAGACGUGAAGAGCGAAGCAGACGCGAAGAAGAUCCUGGAGCAAGUAGACCCCGACUGGGUGAUAUGGGCAGCCGGCGCCGGAGGAAAAGGCGGCGAAUCAAACACUCUAGCCGUCGACCGCGACGCCGCCAUCGCCUUCACAAAAGCCAGCAUCCACACGCCGUCUGUCAAGAAAUUCCUCACCGUUUCAUACCUCGCGUCGCGCCGCAACAGGCCUUCGUGGUGGACAGACAGCGACUGGGAGAAUGCGCAGAAGACAAACACUGAGGUUCUGCCUACGUACUACAAAGCCAAGAUCGCCGCCGACGAGGUCCUGACGGUGCUGUCGAGGGAACGUCUGGAGGAGGAGACCAAGUCGGCGCCGCCUAGCGAUGGCGUCGAUGAGCGGUUCUGCGGCAUCAGCUUGAGGCCGGGUACCCUUACUGAUGGGGAAGCCGGGGGUGUGACUGCGGGCAGGAUUGGAGUGGGGGGUAAGACGACCCGGGCGACGACGGCCGAGGCGAUUGUUGCGGCGCUGGCGACUGAGGGUGCGAGGGGUUGGUUCGAUGUCAUUGACGGAGACGAGAACCUCAAAGACGCUAUUAUCAGGCUAAGCCAGGAGUCUCAGGAUACGGCCGACGACGAGGACUUUGAGAAGAUGAAGGAGAAUGUUGCGAGUUUGUGAGGGAGAAGAUUGGUUGAAGUGACCACACCGAUUGGGCAAACUUAUGAUAUAUGAAAUCAUACACUUCAGUUGAACCGACCGUCUCGACUUUGUCAGUGCUCGGACCCCCAUCGCUUCCCAGCCCAUGCCUUCUGCUCCCAUUCUCCAACGAAUACAACCCUCUCUACCGGUUUAUCCUUUUCCUCGUGUCUCGAGUAG